AGCGAACAACGGAGAUCGGGCGGCUGAUCAGCUCCUACCUGGGGAAGGAGAAGAACCUGGAGGACCACACCAUCCACCUGCUCUUCUCCGCUAACCGCUGGGAACACGUACCACUGAUGAAAGAGAAGCUACAUCAAGGGGUCACGCUCGUGGUUGACAGAUACGCCUUUUCAGGAGUGGCCUUCUCAAGUGCCAAAGAGUUAAGCCCAAAAGAAGCAGCAGAACGCGGGAACUUUGGAAAUGAACGUUACGAGAACAGCUCCUUCCAAGAGAAAGUUCUGCAGUCCUUCUAUCAGCUGAUGAAGGACAAGACUUUAAACUGGAAGGCAAUAGAUGCUUCAAAGAGCAUAGAAGACUUGCACAAAGAAAUCAAGUCUGUUGCAGAGGAAACCAUGCAGGAGGUUCAGAACAAACCUUUAGGAGAACUCUGGAAAUAA